AUGAAUUUAUCUCAAAGAAAAAUGUCUUUAACUCCAGACAAUUCACCGAGAGAUGAAGAACAUGAUUGGGAUACAUAUUUAAUUGAAACAAAUAGUGAAGCAGCACCAGCUUGUAAUUUUAGACAAUCAUUAAUUCCACCAAAAAAUGAAUUUAAUAUUGGAGAAAAACUUGAAUCAAUUGAUCCAAGAAAUCAAGAUUCAUGGUGUAUUGGAACAAUAAUUGAUAAAGAUGGACCAAGAAUACGUAUACGAUUAGAUGGAACUGAUGAUCGAAAUGAUUUUUGGCGACUUGUUGAUUCAACUGAUAUUCGUUGUUAUGGAACAACAGCUAAAUUUGGUGGACAAAUUGUACCUCCACUUGGUUUUCAACAAAAUUCAACGCGAUGGGCAAAAUAUUUUGAAAGAAAUGUUAAAAAUGGACCAUUUGCGAAUGCAUCAAGUUUUAAAACGAUACCCAUAAAACCUGAAAAAAAUCUUUUUAAAAAAGGACAAAAAUUAGAAGCUGUUGAUCCUAAACAUCCAGAAUUAAUAUGUCCAGCUACAGUAAAUAAUAUAAUUUAUGGCGAUCAUAGAAUUAUGUUAUCAUUAGAUGGUUGGAGUUCAUCAAAUAAUUUUAAAGUUGAUUAUUCAUCAAGAGAGAUUUUUCCUGUUGGUUGGUGUAAAUCCGCAGGAAUUCGAAUUGCUAAAGUCGGUGGAAAUCCUCCUUCUCGUACAUCAAUGAAAUCAUUACCAAUAAGUCCAAAUAAACAGAAUGGAAAUGUCCGACAGCAACAAUCAAAAAAUAAAAAAACAAUUAUUUCACCCUCAUCUAAUGAUUCAUCUUAUUCAUCAACAACAAUGGAUGAGAAGAAUAAUAAUUUAGUAACGACAAAAAAGUCAAAUACAACAUCACCAAACAAAAAUGAAAAUAAAAGUUCACUAGAUUUUCAUGAUAUUCAAACGAAGAAUAUAAAAAAAGAACAGCUUAUUGUAACUGUUUAUUGGAAUUACAUUGGUGAUAAUGGUGGAAUGUUAUUAAAUCCUCAACGAUUUCAUUCUUCAAUGCCAUCGAUAUUUGGUCCAGGUGAAUGUUAUACUGUUUUAAAAACAAUAUUUGAUUCAUGUAUCAAAUGUUCAUUUCAACCAACAUCAUUUAUUAAUCGAAUACUUGAUUUAUUUCCUUCAAUAAAUGAUAAUAAAAAAAUUUCUUCUACACAAAUUAAAUUGGAAAAUGGUACGAUAGUAAAUAUUCCUAAUAUUGAAAAUGAAGAUGAUUUCUGGGAAAUCAUUCGUAUGUUUCAAAAUGGUAUAUUAGCUGGAAAUGAUUUGUUUAUAUCAACACUACCACAUUCAACUAUGAAUCAAAGUAAUGGUUCAUCUUCAUCUUUUCUUGAUUCAUCAUUAUCACCUGAUAAAAAAGAAAUUUCAUCAUCAAUUAAUCAAAAUAUCAAACGAAAAAGUACAGAAUUAAAAUCAGAGAAUAAAACAUUUUUAACAAAUGGAAAAGUUCCAAGAGUAACUUCUACUGAAAACUCAGUUUAUGACACAAAACCUUUGCUGAAUGCUCAUCCAUCGCAUAAUACGAAUUUGACAAAUAAUAAUGUUCAAAAUGGCGGUACAUCAUCAAAUGUAAUAUCUCGUCGUCCUGAACGAUUUACACCAAGUGAUGUAGCUGCAUUUGUUAGAGGAAUUGAUCCAUCAUUCGAUAGUCUUGCUUCUCGUUUUCUUCAAGAAGAAAUUGAUGGAAAAGCUCUUCUUCUUUUAACAACUGAUACAUUAAUGAGACAUAUGGGUUUAAAACUUGGUCCAUCACUCAAAAUCGUUCAUCAUAUUGAAAAAUUAAAAAGUUAA